UAUUCUAACUGGGUACCUGGCCCGGUACCUCUGCUAUAUUUAAAACGGGGUUUGUCUUUUUUCAGUACACUAAUCAUACAAAUUUGUAUCGACCAAUGAGGAUUAAGGACAGCCGAAAACAAAAAUGGCGACUAGCGGGAAGGACUUGAAUGAUGGAGAUUCUUCUGAUGAUGAAGUAUUUGAAGUAGAAGAUAUCCUGGACUAUGCUAAAGAUAAUGAGGGCACAGAUUGGUAUAUGGUGAAGUGGGCUGGUUACAGUUUGGCAGAUAAUACCUGGGAACCAAUUGACAAUCUUGACUGUCCAGAAAUCAUCAAACGGUAUCACCACAGAUGCUACAAGCGUAAACGCCGAACGGAAUUUAUUAAUUCCACUGCACCAAAAAUGAAGAAGGCAAAGUUAGAGGUCUCGAUUGUGCCUGUGGAUUUGUCCUAUCAAGUCAAAAAAGUUAAGAGACAAUUGAAAGAUUGGCAGAAGAAAAUAAAUGAGCUAAGCGGUGAUGGAGCACCUAUCUCUGUGGAGAAUAAUGUGGACUUAGAGGGUCCUCCGAAAAAUUUUAUAUUCAUCAAUGAUUACAAGCCAGGUCCGGGUAUUUUUAUACCCAAAGACCCGAUAGUUGGUUGUGAAUGUAAGAACUGUUUUGCGGCCGAAGAUGGGUGUUGUACCCAUAACAGUGGCACGGCAAUGGCUUACACAUUGAAAGGAAAGAUCAAAGUAAAACCAGGCACACCUGUAUAUGAGUGUAAUAAACUAUGUAAAUGCAGCGCGAAGUGCAAGAACAGAGUGGUUCAGAAGGGACGCAAAGCACCUCUGUCUAUUUUCAAAACUAGUAAUGGUUGUGGAUGGGGUGUGAAAAGCUUGAAAGAUAUUAAGAAAAAUAGUUUUGUUAUGGAAUAUGUAGGUGAGGUUAUAAGUAACGAAGAAGCUGAAAGGCGAGGCCAAGAGUAUGACUGUAAUGGGCGAACAUACUUAUUUGAUCUGGACUACAAUGAAAGUGAUUGCCCUUAUGUAGUAGAUGCUGGAAAGUACGGCAAUAUAGCUCAUUUUGUCAAUCAUUCUUGUGAUCCUAAUCUGGUAGUGUAUGGUGUUUGGAUUGACACCCUUGAUGUGCGACUUCCUAGAAUUGCUUUAUUUGCCUGUAGAGACAUCAAAGCUGAAGAGGAGCUGACGUUUGAUUACCAAAUGACAGGGGCAACUGGCAUGUCUCAAGCACCAAGUAUAGAGAGCCCAUCUGAAAUCCAACAUAGAAACAAUUUAUCUGAAGACUCAGCCGUAGCCAAGCUUGAGCCAAUCCCUUGUCGAUGUGGUGCUGAAAACUGCCGCGGCUACCUAUUUUAAACAAUUUGAAUGUGUUUAUAUCAGGGGGAGGGGCUAGGAAAUUAAAAUGAAAAGUUAAGCUUAAAAAGAUUUUACCUAAGGCUUCAUAAGUGGGCGUGUUAAUGUUAGGAUAGUAUUGAAGAGCCUAUAAGCAUUUGUGUUGUGGGAACGUUAAUAGGUGGAUCUAGGAUUUUGAAAAUGGGGGAGGUGUAAUCUAUUUUACUUACUGUUUACUUUUGCAGUCGAGAUGGUGGAAGAGCACACUGAUCAUUUAACCACUACAACAUUUUAAUUUAAUUUUAAUUCACUUUUUAUAUAAUUUAAAUGCUGAUGUGUUGAUUUUCAUGGUCAUUUGAACAAUCUUGAAAUAAAGUUUCACGCUCAUAAUUUAUAUAAAACUGUCUACCUGGUUUUGGGCCCAAAGUUAUCAGAAAAUAUUGCACAACGUACCAUUUUAUAUUUUAAUAUUUUAAAGGCAAUUAUUUAAUUCUAAUUGUCUGUGGUGAGUGUCAUUAAAUUUUUAAAAAUUAAUACAGGAUUUCGAUGGCAGGAAAAUCUUGAUAUUUAACGAUACCUUUUGAGGGCUGAAAAAAAUCACUGACUAUUCAAUGCUGUAUAAUUUUGAAAAAUGAGCCAAGUAUUACAAGACUGAAAUUAUAUGUUUUUAUAUUAUUGGAAGUCAAGGAAAUUAAUGUUGCAACAGAACAUUAAUUUGUUGUAGAUAAUAUGUCACAGUAACCUUAUGAAAACACCAAGGCAAGCAAAUCGUUAUUAGUCUUUUUGAAGCUUAUGUAAUAUUGUGCACUGUAAUUUAACCUUUUAGAAUGAAGAUGCUGCAAGACAGGCUAACACAGUUUAUUUGAAAAAAAAUUGUCACAUGCCUAAAUAUGGUCAUGAUGACAUCACAUCAAGACCAUAUAUAGGCACAUCAUGACUAUGGGUAUACAACAGUUUUUUGUCAAAGAAAAUUUGAUAAUCAGGACAGAGAUUUAAGCAUUGCUGAUGCACAUGUAAAACUGACAACAGAAUGAGAUACAAGUUUGAAAUGUGCUACGGAUAUGGCAUUUUACAUUGUGGUCCAAUGCUGUUUUACGAUUUUCUAGGGCUAUGAAUCUAUACAGUACUGGCCAGUUAGCUUUGUCCACACUAGCAAAUUUUAUGUGAUAUAUCACACAAAAUUUGUCACAAAGUCUGAUAGUGUGAAAUGGGCUUUAGUUACUAUAUCAAUAGAAUUUUUUAAAGUUUUCAAGAUUAUGGAUGUUUCUGUAGGGUGGAACAUACUUUUGCCAAAAUAUGAUGUCUGAAAAUAUUCUCAUUAAAUCUCUUAAAAACUUUUUUUUUAUUAUAAAGAUUCAACUGUGACACUACAUGACAAUGUUGAAUUGAGAUUCACCAAUCUAGUAGCACUGUAUAUAUAUUUGUAUGCAUGAUGGCCUCAUUAUGUAGGUUUAUUUAACCACAACUUGAUUUUAAAUUUAGAUUGUUUGAAGCCAUUUUCUCUUAAUAUUUGUUACAUGCCUUUCCACUUAAGAUGCAAAAUAAAUGUUGUGUUGUGUACUAUAAAUGAUGAUGGCAGUAUUAAAUUUUGGUUUCUGGUGGAGGGUACUACUAUCUAUGAUCACUGAUAAUGUAAAUAGGUGUAUUAGAAUCCUUGCAUGAAUGCCUUUACAGUGUUUCUUAUGUAUUUCAAUUUGAUAGUUCUCUUUUAAAAGGGUGUGUCCUGUCAUAUUUAGGGUACAAUAAAGUGUAGAUAACAUAAAAAACUGA